AUCACACACACCCAUAACAGAAGAACCAAAACACCAUAAAAUUCAAACUAUCAAAAAUUUCUCCCAAGCAGAAGUCUUUAUCAAUUGUAUUUAAUUUCCAACACACAAAUAUCAUUAAGUUUACAUUCUUAUAUCUGGGCUUCCAUAUAUUAAGAAAAUCAAGUGGGGUGUGUCUGCAAUGGCAAGAAUUGUUCUCAUUUUGUUAUCCUUGUGUAUAGUUUCUGCAAAAGCUGGCGACUUUUUAGAGAAAAGUCAACUCUUGGAGCUGAAAAAGGCCAUUUUUGACCCACAUAAUAUGCUUUCAAGCUGGAAAUCAGAAAGCACAAAUCAGUGUUCUUGGUAUGGAGUCACGUGCAACUCACGUGGCAGGGUUUCUGAGUUAAGAAUCUCAGGAGGCUCAAUUCCUUCGGAAGUUACAAUGUUGCCUACUUUGAAGCUAAUUUGGGCACCAAGUUCGAAUCUUGAUGGUGAGUUUCCUAAAAUCUGGGGAAAAUGUCGAAGUUUAAGCAUGGUGAAUUUAGCUGCUAAUCAUCUGAAAGGAGAAAUCUCGGGUGUUUUUGAAAAUUGCCAGAAUGUUUAUUUUCUUAAUGUUAGCUCGAACAGAAUCAGUGGAGUUCUUGAUGGAAAUCUUCUGGUCCGUUGUAUGACAGUGUUUGAUGUUAGCAGAAAUCUCAUGUUUGGAUCCAUUCCUGAAUUCAAGAAUAUUCCUUGUGGGAGUUUAAACAACUUGGAACAAUUUGAUCAAGGCGAUGUUUAUCUCUUCCAUUUUGCUCAUAAAACUCGAGUUGAAAGUCGUCUUCCCUUAUCCCAAUUUACGAUUGCUAUGAUCCAUGAUUUUAGUGACAAUAAUUUCACAGGCUCAGUCCCAUUGCUUCCCAUAGUAUCCAGAUUAAGAUCACAUGAAAAAAAGGUGAAGCAGAUCGAUUAUGCAUUUCAAGCCGGUGGAAACAAGCUCUCAAGAGGUUUAUUUCGUGAUAAUCCGUCGAUAAACUGCAGUGAUUUAAAGGGAUUAUUCAUAAAUGUGAGCAACAACAUCAUAUCUGGUGGAAUUUCCUCAAAUGUUGGUGUGAACUGGGAAUGCCUGAAGUUCUUGGAUGCAUCAAAGAACAAGAUUUCAGGUCAUAUUCCUAAGAGUCUUGUUCAUCUUAGAAACCUGACGGUUCUUCUUCUCAACAACAACAGAUUAUCUGGGGAAAUCCCUUCUGGUUUUUUCAAUCUUGAGUCUCGUCUGAAGUUCAACUUUUCUUUCAAUAAUUUUUCUGGAUCAAUAAAGAUAGAUCGUGAUGCGGUGAACUGUAAAAGCAUUAUUGGUAACCCUUUACUUCAUCGUUGCCAGUACUUUGCUUUGUCAUCUAUCCCACCACAAGAACCAUGGCCUGUGGGUUUUGAGUCGCUAAACAGCACAGUAUCAUCAGAUUCUGGUGGAAAAAAGAAGGGUAUGAGUUCUUUUGAGCUAAUACUGAUUAUAGUUCCAUCAAUCAUUGUCGUGAUUCUGGUAGCUCUUGUUAUUGUUUAUCUGUACUUUAGAAAAAGGAAACCAACAUCAGAGGUUGCCUUAACCUCGCUUCCUUCUCGUCCUCCUGCUCGUCCUCAUGGUCAACAGGAACCAGUUGUGGUUUUCAAGGAGAUAGGGGUACGGUUGACUUUAGACUCCGUCGUUGAAGCAACCGGAAAUUUUACUUCAAGAAACUGUAUUGGUAGUGGUGGUUUUGGAUCGACUUACCGGGCAGAGAUCUCUUCUGGAACCACCGUAGCUGUAAAACGACUUACAGUUGAAAUGUGCCAAGGGGUUCCUCAGUUCAACGCUGAAAUUCGGAGUCUCGGAAGAAUCCGGCAUCCCAAUCUUGUUACUUUAAUUGGAUAUUAUGCUAGUACAUCGGAGAUGUUCCUUAUCUACAACUAUCUUCCUGGAGGAAAUUUGGAAAGGUUCAUCCUUGAAAGACCUGCUAGGGAUAAGGGAUUGAAAGUUCUUCACAAGAUUGCUCUCGAUGUCGCUAAUGCGCUUUACUUUUUGCAUGAUCAAUGUAGGCCACGAAUAAUCCACCGUGAUGUUAAGCCGAGUAACAUUCUACUAGACGAAAAUUUCAAUGCGUACUUGGCAGAUUUUGGGUUAGCUCGUCUUCUAGAUGACUUUGAGACGCACGUAACCACAGGUGUUGCCGGAACGUUUGGAUACGUGGCACCAGAAUACGCAUUGACAUGCCGGGCAUCUGAAAAGGCAGAUGUGUACAGCUAUGGAGUAGUGCUUCUUGAGUUGAUAUCCGACAAGAGAGCUUUAGACAAGUCUUUUUCGACUCAGAGAAAUGGUUACACCAUAGUCUCAUGGGCGUUAAUGCUUCGGCGAGAAGGGCGGCAAAAGGAGGUUUUCUCUGCCGGAUUAUGGGAAGCAGGUCCAGAAGACGUUCUUUUGGAGUUGUUGCACUUGGGGUUGCUUUGCAGUGCAGAUUCCGUCACUGGGAGACCUACCAUGAGACAAGUCGUUCGGAAACUGAGGCAAAUUCAACCUGCUAGCGAUUGUUGACUUACUGGUUCUUCAUUUAUGUUAGUUUUUAGUGCAUAUCUGAUGAGUUAGUGCAACAUUUAUUAGUAAUUUCUCAAAUUUUAGUAAUUUUGGCGUGUAAAUGAUAGAGUGUACUGAUAUGAAAUCAUCUAUAUGAAAUUCAAUGUGUAAAUGGUUAUGAUUUCAUUGA